AUGUCCGCGGAGCAGCUGGCCGCGCCGGUGUUCUCCGCGGACGAGUUCGGAGGGGAGGUCACGGCGGGGGGCUUGGUGCUUCCGAAAGCGUCGGACGGCGCCGACGACGCCGACGCCGCCGCCGCCGCCGACGACGACGACGACGCGGCGGCGGCGGCGUCGGAGGCUCCCGCGUCGUCGAGCGGCAGAGAGGGGGGAACGAUCGACGACGACGAGUGGCGCGAGCGCGUCGCGGAGGAGAUCGACCUGAGCCAGGAGCCGCCCGGGUCGUACGUCGUGAGGGACUGGAAGGGAGACCCGAUGGUGGUGUACCCCGGGGACAAGCUCGGGCGGAUUUGA